AUGCAGAUGUACCGCGGCUUGCCCAUCAUCACCAACCAGAUCCCUACCGAGGAGCGAAAUGGCAUUCCACACCACCUGAUUAGCUGUGUCGACCUGGAUACCGAGGCGUGGCGGAUUGGGACAUUCAAAAAGGAGGCACUCCGAUUAAUUCAGGACAUUCGUUUGCGCGGCAAACUUCCCAUCCUCGUCGGCGGCACCCACUAUUAUACUCAGGCGGUGUUGUUCAAGGAGCAGCUGGUGGACAGGGAGAAGACGGAGGAAGGAGAAGAAGAGGAAGAGAAAGCAGAGGAGCCAUCAACUACAGACCUGUCAUCCACUUCCGCAAAAUGGCCCAUCCUCGACGCGUCCCCGGAAAUUCAACUACAGAAACUCCGGGAGGUCGAUCCUGUCAUGGCUGGGCGAUGGCAUCCGAAGGAUACGCGCAAGAUCCGGCGGUCAUUGGAGAUUUAUUUUCAGACGGGACGACCGGCUUCUGAGAUUUAUGCGGAGCAGAAACUCAUGAAGAAGCAAGCAGUCAUGAAAGAUGAAGGACUAUUACGGUUCGAGAACACUCUCAUUUUCUGGGUUCAUGCGGAGAAGGAAGUCCUCAAUGCGCGCCUGGAUGCGCGCGUCGAUGAUAUGGUCAAGCAGGGCUUGAUGUCCGAGGCCCAAAAAAUGUCUGAUUAUCUCCAGGAUAAAGAAUCACAAGGCAUCACGAUCGACCAGACACGGGGAGUCUGGGUAUCGAUCGGAUUUAAGGAACUGGCACCUUACUUCGCGGCUCUCCGCCAACCAGAUGCAAGCGAAAAGGACCUGGAACACACAAAACAGUCCUGUAUCGAAUUCAUCCGAAUUGCCACUCGCCAGUACGGUGUAUCACAAAUCAAAUGGAUCCGAAACAAGCUCUGGCGCGCGCUCUCUGAAGCCGGCGUGAUGCAUCGUCUCUACAUUCUGGAUAGCAGCGAUGUCAGCGAGUGGGAGAAAUGCGUUGCCCAACCAUCGGAGAACAUUGUCCAAUCAAUGCUCGACAACCAGCCUACCCCGGAUCCCAAAUCACUGUCAGAGCUAGCGAGCACUGUGCUCGGAGCUAGGGAGGAACAGAUGCGAGCAAAAGAUACUGAUGAACCUAUAAAGUGCUUCACCUGUGAUGUGUGUCGCAAGACUAUGACUGGAGAAGAGCAGUGGCAGAUUCACUUGCGCGGUCAUGGACAUAAGAGGGCUCUUAAGGCUGCGGCAAAAAGAGCUGAACGGGAUGCGUAUUUGCGGCGACGCGAAGAAGAGGAGCAGGCCCAAAGUGGGGAUCCUGAUGUAAAAGAAAAUGUUCAUUGA